AUGAUGGUACAUAGGAUUAUACCCGUAAUUACAAGUGGACAAGUCCGAUGGUUGGCAUUACACUGGCUGUAUAAACAGAUAGGCGGCAUACAGAACAUAGAAUACCCAUCAGCUCGCUUACAAAGUUCGAGAGGACAGGACAGGCCUAAAGGGGCUCUUAAACGCGUGCAGAAAGCUUUGACUGACCCAUUACUAUCCACUCAUCGCGUAUACAGAGACUAUCGACAAUAUGCUAAGAACGUUACGAUUUACAACUACCAUGCCAACGGGCAUGGUCACGGCCGUGGGGGAGCGAGACGGGGGAGAGGAAGAGGAGGAGGGAGAGGGGGUGGUGGGGGACGCGGGGGGCGUGGCGGAGGGUUUCUUGAGGGCGGGCCAAGGUCGGCGGAGGAGGAGGAGAGGAGGAAGGAGGCUGAGAAGCUUCGGCUUCGAGGUCUUUCGCGGGAAGAGAAGGCGGCAGAGGCCGUUCGUCUCCGCAAGGGGAUCGAGCUCGACAGGCUGCAAAUCCUCUGGAAAGAGGAGAGGAUUUCGAUCCUUGAGGAAGGGAUUGACGCGUCCGACGCCUGCAGGGAGUCGGACAGUUGGUGCUUUCUGGUGACCCUGCUCCUGAGCCUGCCAGCGCUUUUUCCGACUCCUCUCCUGUCUUGA